AAAACAGCUGUUCAGGUGUUAAAAAUAGUUCAUAACGCCGUGAGUGCUUCGUAUUUUUAAUUUGAACGAAAUUAUUUGUGUCUAAACAUUAAAAGAAAAACAUUAUAAAAAUAGCAUAAGCUAGUGCGUCAGAAAGAGGUAUAUCAAAUGCGGACGUGCCCACAGAAAUUAGACAACUUUCAGAAAGUAGAAAGCAGAAAAAUAAGUUAGAAAAGUAUUGUUGAAAACUAAUUAACUUUAAGUUUUUAAGAAAGGCAUAAUAAGUUAUUUUGUAUUUCACUGCAUUGCGCUCAAUUACCACUUGGGAUAAGUCUUAUGAACUAGAAAUAAGAAAUGCCAGUCGUUUAAGGACUCGAUUGGUAGGAACGUAAUAAUCAGUGUCAACUUUCCUACGCAUACAGCAAUCGGCAUCUGCAACCAAAAUUUCUCCUAUUAACCGGUGCACAGAAAAACUGCAAUAGCGAGGGGAGCAGCGGAAUGGAGUCAGCAAGACGGAAUAGCAAAGCUAUUAAACGAGGCGACCGCAUCCUUACCGAACAGCCAUUUGUCUUUGUACUUCAAGCAAAAUAUCGUAAAGAGCGUUGCGACAACUGUUUGCAAACUUGUAAGGUGCUGAAGUGUGCCAACUGCCAGUAUGUUUAUUAUUGUAGUCGUGACUGCCAGAUGCAAAGCUGGAGUCUACAUAAAAUCGAAUGUCCAUUCCUAAAACGCAUCUAUCCGCGUACGGUGCCCGAUGCGGCCCGAAUGCUUUGUAAGCUGAGCAUACAAUUGAACAAUGGUGGCGAUUUAGUGCGGGGCUAUUACACUGAAACUUGUUCACGCCGUUUUCGUGAACUCAUGUCACAUUAUGGUGAAAUUAAAUAUGAUGCGCGGCGUUUGGAGCAUUUAGAAUCUUUGCAUGCUGUGCUGCAGGAUAUGAUGGGUGAUAGUACUAUUGUGCCAAAUCUGGCGGAAUUGACAAGCAUCUAUGGAAGGUUAAUCACUAAUGGUUUUAGCAUACUUGACCCUGAAAUGAAUUCCAUUGCUACAGCUAUUUAUCUUGGCGUGUCGAUAACAAAUCAUAGCUGCAAACCGAAUGCGGUUGCCACCUUCGAAGGUACUACCUUGCAUAUACACGCAAUCGAAGAUAUCGAGUGCCUGGAUUGGUCCAAGAUCUUCAUUAGCUACAUAGAUCUUCUAAAUACACCUGCCGAACGACGUGCCGAACUCCAAAGCAAUUAUUAUUUUCUUUGUAUAUGCUCCAAAUGUACUGAUAUGCAGGAAACACACGAAAUGCUGGCUGCCGCUUGUCCCAAUAAGAAGUGUAAUGAAUUUUUGGACAUCAAUCUCAAUAAUUGCCCACAUUGUGAUACUGAUGUCAGCCAGAAGCAACGAAAUGGGUACAACGAGGCUAUGUCAAUAACAAAAACUCAUUUGGAAAAUAUGAAGGAUGUGGCGUAUUUGGAUGUUUGUAAAUUAUGCCUAGCCAAACAAAAAGGGUUUGUCCAUCCCUUGAAUGUUUGGCAUAUAAAAACUUUGGACGCAGCAUUUGAAGCCGCCAUUGAUGUGUCGAAAUGGGCCGAGGCGUUGGAGUUUAGUAAGGAGCUGGUGCCAGGCUUUAGAAAAUAUUAUGGCGAUUGGCAUCCACUACUUGGAUUGCUUUAUUUCAAAAUCGGAAAAAUUCAAUUGUACGAGUGUCAGCUGGCAGAGGCAGUCCAAAAUUUAAAGGAGGCGCAAAAAAUACUCCAAGUAACACAUGGCCGAGAUCAUAGUUUGCUGCGUGAACAAUUACAGUCUUUACUUGCACAGUCUAUAGCCGAGGCUUCUGCAUGAAAUGAUUAUGUGUGCGUGUAUAUAAAUAAAUUUACUUUACUUAUUUUAUUAAUAA